CAGCACGCCCUUUGUUUCUGGGCCCAUCAGACGGCUGCCCCCACAGGCCCUGCCCCGUCGCCCUCUCCUCGGAAGCCUCUCCUGUGUUAGAGGACGGGGGGGGGGGCAGCUGCUCCCGGGCUUCUGUUGGGGAUCCGGACAGACCCUCCCUCUCUCCCGGGGCGGGCCCGAAGGAGGCAGUUUGGCGGGGCUCAAGCGGCCGAUCUCCUGCUUGCCACCUGCUGAGGGGGGCUUCCAGGCGAGAGGGCUGAGUCGGGGGUCGCAAGGACGCCCUUCCCCGCGCCCUACAGCCCCCGCGCCGCCAAGCACGGGCGAAUGGCCGCCUCGGGUCUGAGGAGGAUCCCUCCCGCGCCGCGGCCCCUCCUCGCGCCCGCGCCCGCGCACUCUCGGCCGGGCGCGCGCGCGGGGCGGGGACUUCGGCGGCGCUGACGGCGGCCGUUGCAGGAGACCUUCCGCGCCCCCUCCCGCCGCCGCCGCCGUCUCCGCCGCCCCGGCUCCUCCCGCGCCGGCCCGGCAUGGCUGCCGCGGGACCACCGCCUCCGCCGCCUUCGCCGCAACUGGAGCAACAGCAGCAGCAGCGCCUCGGCGGAACCACCUGUCUCCAAAGAGCUGCAUCUGCAGAGAGGAAGAGCUCCUGAGCCGUGGGACUUUGGCCCCUGCCUGCUAUUACUCUUGCCUGCCACACAGACCCCCCCCUUGGAGGGCCCCCCUUCCUCCUUGGAGGGUCCUUUGAGUCACCGAGUGCUUGAGGCCCACUGCCCAGUACUGCCCUCCCCAGAUCAUGUGGCAGUCAUUGUGCCGAUACCCGCUUCUCCUCCCGCCGUUCUCGCAAGUGACCAAGGGGGCUGCCGGGUGGGGCGCACACCUGGCCCUCUGGAUCCUGGGCCUCGCCUCGGCCGUGGUGCGGAUGGAGAGCCAGGCCUACUCGCCCACCGUCAACACUCACUACGGGAAGCUCCGUGGGGUGCGGGUGCCCCUGCCCAGCGAGAUCCUGGGGCCGGUGGACCAGUACCUGGGGGUACCCUACGCCGCACCUCCCAUUGGGGACAAGCGGUUCCUGCCCCCUGAGCCUCCACCAUCCUGGUCGGGGAUCCGGAACGCCACCCACUUCCCCCCAGUGUGCCCGCAGAACAUCCACACCGCUGUGCCCGAGAUUAUGCUCCCCAUCUGGUUCACCUCCAACCUGGACAUUGUGGCCACUUACAUCCAGGACCCCAACGAGGACUGUCUGUACCUCAACAUCUACAUCCCCACCGAGGAUGUAAAACGGAUUUCCAAGGAAUGCGCCCGAAAACCCAACAAGAAAAUAUGUAGGAAAGGAGGCUCCAGCGCUAAGAAACAGGGCGAGGACUUAGCAGAUAAUGACGGGGAUGAAGACGAAGACAUCCGAGACAGCGGGGCCAAGCCGGUGAUGGUCUACAUCCAUGGGGGCUCCUACAUGGAAGGCACAGGGAACAUGAUUGACGGCAGUGUGCUGGCCAGCUACGGCAACGUCAUUGUCAUCACUCUCAACUACCGUGUGGGAGUCCUGGGGUUCCUGAGUACUGGCGACCAGGCGGCCAAAGGCAACUAUGGGCUCUUGGACCAGAUCCAGGCUCUGCGCUGGAUCAGCGAAAACAUCGCUUUCUUUGGCGGCGACCCUUUGCGCAUCACUGUCUUCGGGUCAGGCAUUGGGGCUUCCUGCGUCAGCCUGCUCACCUUGUCGCACCACUCCGAAGGUCUUUUUCAGAGAGCCAUCAUCCAGAGUGGCUCUGCGCUGUCCAGUUGGGCAGUAAACUACCAGCCUGUGAAGUACACCAGCUUGCUGGCUGACAAAGUGGGCUGCAAUGUUCUUGACACUGUGGACAUGGUGGACUGCCUGAGGCAGAAGACUGCCAAGGAACUGGUGGAGCAGGACAUCCAGCCAGCACGCUACCAUGUGGCCUUUGGGCCAGUCAUCGAUGGGGACGUCAUCCCAGAUGACCCAGAGAUCUUGAUGGAGCAGGGAGAGUUUCUCAACUAUGACAUCAUGCUUGGCGUCAACCAGGGUGAGGGGCUGAAGUUUGUGGAGGGCGUUGUGGACCCAGAGGAUGGUGUUUCAGGCAGCGAUUUCGAUUAUUCUGUCUCCAAUUUUGUGGACAACCUGUACGGCUACCCAGAGGGUAAAGACACCCUGCGUGAGACCAUCAAAUUCAUGUACACAGACUGGGCUGACCGGGACAACCCAGAAACUCGACGCAAGACCCUGGUGGCCCUCUUCACUGACCACCAGUGGGUUGAGCCAUCAGUGGUGACCGCUGACCUUCACGCUCGCUAUGGGUCCCCCACAUAUUUCUACGCUUUUUAUCACCACUGCCAGAGCCUCAUGAAGCCACCCUGGUCUGAUGCAGCCCACGGAGACGAGGUGCCUUACGUCUUUGGGACUCCCAUGAUUGGCCCCACCGACCUCUUUCCCUGCAACUUCUCCAAGAACGACGUCAUGCUCAGUGCUGUUGUUAUGACCUACUGGACUAACUUUGCCAAGACUGGGGACCCUAACAAACCUGUCCCCCAGGAUACCAAGUUCAUCCACACCAAGGCUAAUCGGUUUGAGGAAGUCGCCUGGUCCAAGUACAACCCACGUGAUCAGCUCUACCUGCACAUUGGCCUCAAGCCUCGGGUGCGUGACCACUACCGUGCCACCAAGGUUGCCUUUUGGAAGCAUCUGGUCCCACAUCUGUACAACUUGCACGACAUGUUCCACUAUACCUCCACCACCACAAAGGUGCCGCCACCUGACACCACUCAGAAUUCCCACAUGGCACGCCGUCCCAAUGGGAAGGCCUGGAGCACCAAGCGGCCAGCCAUUUCCACUGCCUACACCAGCGAGGGUUCGCAGGAGAAGUGGAACCCCGAGCAGGACGGGGCAGGCACGCUCCUGGUGGAGAAUCCCCGGGAUUACUCCACUGAGCUGAGUGUCACGAUUGCUGUGGGGGCUUCCCUCCUCUUCCUCAAUGUUCUGGCCUUUGCAGCGCUCUAUUAUCGGAAGGACAAGCGGCGGCAGGACACCCACCGCCAGCCCAGCCCACAGCAUGCACCGGCCACCAACGAUAUCGGGCAUCCCCCGGAAGAGGAUAUCCCCUCUCUGCAGACCAACCAAUCCCACCACGGAGACUGCGAGGCAGUGCCGGCCCACGAUGCCCUCCGCCUCACUGCCUUGCCCGACUACACGCUCACGUUGCGCCGCUCGCCCGAUGACAUUCCACUCAUGACACCCAACACCAUCACCAUGAUCCCCAACUCCCUGGUGGGGCUGCAGACCUUGCACCCCUACAACACCUUUGCUGCCAGCUUUAGUAGUACUGGGCUCCCUCACUCACACUCUACCACCCGGGUAUAGCCGCAAUGCACACGCUCCGCCUCACUGGACCUUGGGCUGUGGGGCCAGACGUGGCAACUCUCUUGGCUCGUAGUAUCAAGUGCUUUGCUCUCCUCAUCUCCAGAGCAGCUGAGGCUUCAUGGAGUCCAGCAGAGAAGGCGAGACCCCUGGGUUGCCCUUAGCUGAGUAACCCCUUUGUGCUCCCAGGUCCAGCUGGCACUACCAAGGAAGCCCAGGGCAGCCCCUCGCCUCUUGGAACAACUGUAGGUGACUCUGCCUAGGCACCUCCUAGUGGGCACUCUUGCAACAGAGCUUUGCCAGUCUUUCUCUACCAACCUAGAGCCACAGAGAACGGCUCCCACAAGCUUAGCUGCCACCUUGUGGCUGGAGAUCGCUGGCACUUCCUGGAGCUCUUGGACAGGUGCCAUUUGGGGGGAGGUCUAAGCCCCGUACUGGAUCCUGGAUCCCUGGUCUUGAUGCUGGGCCUGGCAGGUACUGUCUGGUACCCUGGCUCCAUAUCACACUCUUCAUGUUGCAGAGAUACUGUCUGUUUGUCUGUUUCUUUCCAAAAGACAUUUUUUAAGCAGAUCUUUAGUUCUUUAAACACUAACGGAGACACCGUGUUUUGUCCUUUGUAAAGAUUUUAAACUAAGUGUUCUUGAUACAGCCAAUUAGACACACACGUCACCCAGACGAGCACAUCCACCCCCUCCCCCCUCCAGCUGCAUCUGUGCCAAACUAUGAAACCAGCAGACUUCCCUUGGGAUGGGCAGUGGCACAGAGUCGACCACGAGGCCCUUUUGUAUUUUUGAUAUGCCCUUCCUAGCCCUGGUGUCCACUGGGCAAUCCAUGCUCCUGGAUCCUGGGAACCAGCAGCCGCCUCCUGCCCUCUGCCCUAGCCAGCUGCCGGACCAGGGCCCAGCCACGUCGGGUGCCUCAGCCUUGCUUCUUGGCAGCCAACAGCCUGCCCUGGUCUCCAACUCACGGCUCCUCCUCUCGGGGUUGGAGAGGCAGGGAAGGAGGGGGAAGGCACCUGUAGGGGCAGUGGGUUGGACAUCAUGGGGCAGAAAGGGGCUUGCUCUCUGAGGCUGGCUGCCAGGUCCAGGACAGGUACCAGAGGAGUUGCUGGCUGUGGGACUGCUGGUUGACAGAGACCCUGCAGUGGCAGCUCAAAGGCUUGCCACAGGUGGAUGUCAGGCCUGGGAACUGGAGUUGGGGGUAAAGAGGGUCAAGGACAGGGUCUGCUGGGAAAGAUGGUAGGCAGCAAGCCCUGCCUUGUCGGAGUCUGGCCUGCGAAAGACCUGGUGGGCAGGAGAGCCCAACAGGUGGUCAGCAACACCAUCGGCUGGCAAGGUGAGGAUUCUGAGGUGGUGGGAGGGGGACACAUUGAGGGGGGGCUGCAAGCAACUCAGGCAGGUGGCCAAUGGGAUUUGAUCAAGCCUGUCUGGAAGUUUAAAACUGCGUGUGUCUCCUCUACCGAUCGCCAAUCUGCUCCUCACUGGGGGGGGGGGAUUGUAUCUUGGAGCAGAGGAAUGAGAAAUUCCCAAUAAACUGGAAGGGAUAUUUU